GCUACACAUAAACAUAAAAUAAAAGAAAACAUAAAAAUAGUCAAAGUAAACGUUACCUGUUUAUUGUUUGUUAUUGAGUUUCGCCCAGAUCCGGCGCAUAGUAUGCACCGCAGUGGUUCAAUAACUCUUAACCGUUUCACAUUCCUAUUCACCCAAAAUUGAUUAAAAAAAGAAAGUGCUUGGACGACACUAGAAAAAAAAAAAACGGAAACUGGCCUUGGAACGCAAACCUAAUUAAAAUUGCACCUUUCGAAGUGGAACAGCAUUUACAUUUGGCAAUGAAAUUAUGCACUGGCAAUGAACUCCAGAGUUGAAGGCACACACCAGCUCCAGCGGCGCUCCAGCCCCAGCUCCAUGGCCAACGAACGGAAACAGAGUAGCUCCAAGAUGGAGAUUACGAAGCUCAAUCACGAGCUUGUCGAGGAAUGUAAACGCAGUCAAGAGGAUUCGAUAUUGUCUCGCCACUUACGCCACGAGCUUGAAAAACAUCCACGUGAAUCGCGUCGAGAAAUGGUUAGAAAGCAACGCAAUGGCUGUGCGCCACUUUUCAUUGCCUGCAAACGUGGCGCAGUUGUAAUUGCCGAGUAUCUCAUAACCAUUUGCGAGGCGGACAUCGAGCAGCGCGGCCACUUCGAAGUGCCCGAGGACAAUAGCUUUCACUAUGUGUCGCCACUGUGGGCAGCUGUUGUCUCCGGAAAGUUGUCCAUGGUCAAGUAUCUGGUUCGCAUUGGCUGCGACAUUAAUGCCACAUCUGAUUCAGGCUCCACGCCCGUGCGCAGUGCAUGCUACAUGACGCACACUGAAAUUGUCAAGUUUCUUGUGGAGAACGGCGCGGACAUAAAGAAGCCCAACAUCAACGGCGGCACUUGUCUCAUCAAUUCGGUACAGUCUGUGCAGCUUUGCUUGUAUCUGGUGCGCAAGGGCGCGGACAUCAAUGCUCGCGACAUUCAGGAUAAGACGGCGCUACAUUACGCCAUACAGGAGCAUCGACUGGACACCACUCGCAUGUUGAUUGAACAAGGUGCUGAUCCGUUUGCCAAAAGCCGCUAUGGCGACGAUGCCCUACGAACGGCAUGCCUCAAAGGCGCUCAUCAAAUAUUCGAUUAUUUGAAGAAAGAGUUAAACUAUUCGGUGGAACGUAUUGCAGAGGCACAUGAACUAAUGGGUUCUACUUUCUUGGACGAGCAUAAUGAGUCACGUGUCUGUAUUCUGCAUUGGCGCAUGGCUCAUCACAUACGAGCUGCCUAUACUCCUUACAUCGAGAAGAAGCCAAAGGUGCCGUUACGGAAUGCCUACGAAAAUGCCGUGGAGUUCGCUACCCUAGAGGAGCUCGACAAUAUCGCCACAGAUAUGGAUGCGAUGCGUACGCAAAGCCUGUUAAUUUGCGAGCGUGUUCUCGGGCUAACCCACAAGGAUAUGCUUUUUCGUCUGACCUUCCGAGGAGCUUCUUACGCCGACUCACUGCAGCUGCAGCGUUGCAUCGAUCUUUGGCGCUUUUUAUUAGAAGUACGAGUCUCCAAUUGGUCCAUUUUACACUUUGAGACAUGCUUUGCGGCUCAGGCCUUGGUGCGUCUUAUGCUGGAUCUGCAUGUACGCAACUCCAGCCAUAUGCGUACUGAUGCCCUCGCCCGGUUCAUGCAUCAGGAUAAUAUGUUACCCAGAUUUGAAGAUGUGCUUGGUGUAUUUCGAACGCUCGCCGAGAGUGCCGUGGAGGUUAAGGAAUUGCUGCAAGUGCGACCCGUCUUCCGACGCCAACAUGAAAAUUAUGACCGAGUGCUGCGUUGCCUGGCGCAUCUUAUUUAUCUGCUAAUCAAUACCGUCCACACAGAGGCUCAGCACAAGCAGAUUUUUCAGGUCGUUCACAGGACGGUCGUUGUCGGAAAUCUACGCAGUGCCAGCACUGCAGACACUCUGCUCCACUUGGGUGCCUCGCGACUCAAUGUGAUUAAAAGCGGUUACAUUACUGAAGACAAUUUUGCCGAUAAGACUGUGUUCCCCAACGCGGAUGUCAUCAAGUUGCUUAUUGAAUGCGGUAUUGAUGUCAACACGAAAAACGAAGCCAAAUCAACACCAUUGCAUGUUGCAUGUCAACCUUACAACUACGACAAUGAAAUUGUUCAUCUGUUACUCAAGUGUGGCGCGGAUAUUGAUCAGCCAAAUCGGGCCGAGAAGCGUCCAUAUGAUUCCAUUGCCUCCAAUCCCACUAACACCAUACCCCUGCUCAACUACGUAUCAUUGCAGUGCCUAUGUGCGACGGUUCUUAGUAAGCAUAAGAUUCGCUACAAAGAUCAUCUGCAUAAGCAGCUUCAGCUAUUUGUACAUAACCAUGAGCCAUAGGCCAUGGUUUACACAUGAGAUGUUUGCACGCUCGCCACUCCUUAAAUUGAUAGUAAUUAAAAGUAUUUAAUUGGGCCAUGUCGAAAUUUGACCAGUGUAAUUAUUGUUUCUUCUUACCUAUCUGUCUGUAUAACUACUUCUCCAUCUAUCUAUCUAUCUACCUACCACUGUUAAAUUAUUCAGAGAAACUUAUUGAAAAGCUCAAUAACAAAACAAAACAAAAAAUAAUGUAUAACAAAAGCAAAAUGUGUAAGCGAUAAACGUGAUAUUAAAUC